AUGUGGAAUAAAUAUUGCAAAAAGUUGCAUCCUUUAUUAACUAAAGGAUAUGGAGCCUCUCAUGCAUGGAAGAAAAUCAUUACUGCAAGAGAUGAGGUGGAACAUAACAUUUGGUGGCAGAUUAAAGCUGGAAGCUCAAUCUUUAGGUAUAAUAGUUGGACUAAACAGGGUGCUUUGUAUUAUAUUGAAGGAGACUCUUUUCAACAUGAAGAGUUAGAGGUAAAUAAUUUUAGCAGAAAUGGGGAAUGGGACAAACAGAGGUUACUAUCCUAUUUUUCGGAGGAGAUGGUGGACAUGAUAUUGGAGUACAUAAAGCCUACAGUAGAAGUUUAUUUGAAUAACAAGCCUUGGUGGAUGGGGAAUACAAGUGGAAGUUCACUGUUAAGUCAGCCUUGGAGAUCAUUAGAAAGAAAAAAAAGAAAAGGAGAGAUUUUGAGUUCAUUUGGAACAAGGGAUUACCUUUUAAAUACAAUUUUAUACUUUGGAGGGAGGGAGGAAACUAUGACCCAUGUUUUACUAACAUCUCCUAUAGCUUUCAAGCUUUGGAGAAAGUUUGCUCAUUUUGCAGCCAUAAUCAUGUGGAUUUUAUGGAAAAGGAGGAACACCAUUAAACAUGACGGUUCUACUCAUUUGAAUGGAAUGGUUUGCCAGGUUCAGCAAGUGAUUAAAAAGUUGAUCAAAACAACAUAUCCAUGGAUUAAGCUGAAAGGAUGGACAUGGGAAGAAGUAGUGGACAGUAUGGGUACAUAUAGACCAAAAUUACAUUUUCAAAAGGUGUUAUGGAAGAAACCAGAUGUAUUGCAAUUAAAAUGCAAUAUAGAUGGUGCUUGCAGAGGAAACCCAGGGAUGAGUUCAUAUGGUUUUUUCAUUAGAGAUGAUACUAGAAAUCUAGUGUAUGCAAGAGCUAAAGGCCUAGGGAUGGGCACUAAUGCUGAAGCAGAAGCGAUUGCAGUAAAAGAAGCUCUAGAUUUCUGUUAUGAGAAAGAUUUCAAAAAUCUUAUCAUUGAAACAGAUUCUUUAGGCCUCAGAAAAAUGAUUAUAAAGCAGUGGAAAGUCCCUUGGCAAAUAGUGGAGAUCAUUGAAGAUAUCAGGAUUUACAUUCAUCUUAUAAAUGCAACUAUUACACAUACCUUUAGGAAAGGUAAUACUGUGGCAGACUCACUAGCAAAUGAGAUGGCAGUACCUAGUAGGGUUAAAGAUGAUAGAAAGAUAUUAGCUCCAAUUCACCAUGGCAUAAGCUGUUUACAACACCCAGAGAAGGAGGAAAAGAAGCUUGGAUUCCGGCAGCACUCAGACACCAUUGUUGCGGGCAUAUUGAAGAGAAAAGAAAGAGUACUUGAUACUCUUUGCUCAAAUCCUAUCUGA